AUGGGCGACAAAUCGGCUUACAUGGGCGUUGGAGGAUACGAUGGAUUGACCGUCCACAAGAAUCAAGGAGGUAACGGUGGAUAUGCACGUGAGGAAUAUGCCUACCCUGCCUCCAGUGAAUCUAAUAAGCAAAGUGGACCCAGCUACUCUCCAUAUGGAGCUGGCAGCCAGGGAGUGACGCGUCCUCGCAACGACGUCUCCACCUACUUGGGUCCA